AUGUCCGACAAAUACAGGCCUACGAUCUUGAUCUUCAGCGUUGGCGAAGUCGAGGGUGGCCUCAAGAAGAUCAAGGAGAAAGCCGACGUUCACCAGGCGUCCUUCUCGCGGCCGAACGCAUGUGCAGAUCUCCUCAAAGCCCACCCCUCGGCUCAAGCACUCUGGAUCGUAGAUCCAGACAUCGCCAGGCAGGAUCACAAGCUACUGUCCAAGCAGGUCGUCGCCUAUGUUCGGAACGGAGGCACCGCAAUCAUAGGCGGUUGGUUCGUCGCAAGCGUCACGCCGCUGGAGUUCGACGAGUGGAUGGAGAGUGACUGGAACCUGCCCUGGAGGUUCGGCCAGUACGAAACAACGACAGUGGUCUUUCAGAGCUCGGCCGUUGGGCCUCGCGAUCACUGGCGGGACGGCUUGGCUGCCGCCUACAGCCAGAAGGGCGUGUUCCUGAAGAACGUCGCCGCCACGGACUCCUGGUACGCGUCGCCGCCCGGCUCCAAGAGCGAGUCACGAGUCUUUGGGCCUCUGCCCAUCGAGAGCCAGACGUCCAUGGCUUUUGGGAGGGUCGGCCAGGGCUGGCUGGGCUUCACCGGGGAUAUCAACAACGUGACCGAGACCAACAAUGCACUCCUGGCGAUGAUGGGGCUCAACGGGAGAGACAUCUAUGACAAGUGA